AUGGCAGACGAUCUGAAGGCUGAGGGAAAUAAGGCGUUUGCAGCCAAGGACUUUACUACAGCUGUUGAGAAGUUCUCUGCGGCCAUCGAGCUCGAUCCAAGCAAUCAUGUCCUGUAUUCAAACCGCUCGGGGGCCUAUGCCUCGCUGAAGGACUUUGACAAGGCGCUGGAAGACGCAAACAAGACGACGGAGCUGAAGGCAGACUGGCCCAAGGGCUGGGGCCGUAAGGGAGCUGCCUUGCACGGCCAGGGAGAUUUAUUGGGUGCCCAUGAUGCGUAUGAAGAGGCACUGAAGCUCGACUCAAACAAUGCGCAGGCCAAAGCCGGUCUAGAGGCCGUGAAGCGUGCGAUUGAUGCUGAAGCGAAGGCAGACGGCGUUUCUGGUGAUCCCACUGCGGGACUAGGAAACAUGUUCAACGACCCAAAUCUAAUACGGAAGCUGGCCAGCAACCCAAAGACUGCGCCUCUCCUUGCAGACUCAGAGUUCAUGGCUAAGCUGCAGAAUCUUGCAAAGAACCCAAACUCCAUCGGCAAUGAGAUGCGGGACCCCCGAUUCCUGCAGGUGAUGGGUGUCCUGCUUGGUGUUGAUAUGUCCUUUGGUGCUCCCCCAGAGGCUGAUGGUGCUACUGGCGGUCGACCAAAAGAGGCGGAGGAGGAUGUGGAGAUGCCUGAUGCACGUUCUGCGGCUCAAAAGGCCCCCGAGCCUGAACCUGAGCCUGAACCUGAAGAUGAGGAGGCCGCUGCAAAGAAGAAGGCCAAGGCUGAAGCUGACGAGGAGAAGAAGCUGGGUACAGAGAACUACAAAAAGAGACAGUUUGAUGCUGCAAUUGAACACUACAGCAAGGCAUGGGAUAUAUACCACGACAUUACCUACCUGACCAACCUCAGUGCCGCACAGUUUGAGAAGGGAGAGUACAAGGAUGCCAUUGCAACCUGCGAGAAGGCCAUUGCCGAGGGUCGAGAGAUGCUUGCUGACUUUAAGAUUAUCGCAAAGGCCUUUGGACGAAUCGGAUCUUCAUACGAGAAGCUUGGAGACCUGGCCACCGCCAUCACUAACUACCAAAAGUCCCUGACUGAGCAUCGUACUCCGGAGAUCCUCGCCAAGCUGCGUGCUGCAGAGAAGGCGAAGAUCAAGGCUGAAAAAGAGGCCUACCUCGACCCUGAGGAGGCUGAAAAGGCCCGCGAGCUAGGCAACAAGAAGUUCAAGGAAGCUGACUGGCCCGGCGCGGUUGAGGCCUACACCGAGAUGACGAAGCGUGCGCCGGAUGACCACCGCGGCUACAGCAACCGCGCGGCCGCCCUGAUCAAGCUGAUGGCGUUCCCGCAGGCAGUCCAGGACUGUGACGAGGCCAUCAAGCGGGACCCCAAGUUCGUCCGAGCCUACCUGAGAAAGGCUCAGGCUCUCUUUGCUAUGAAGGAGUACAACAAGUGCCUGGAUGUCUGCACCGAAGCACAGGAGCAUGACGAGAAUGGCGCUAACCAGCGUGAGAUUGAGCAACAGCAGCAGAAGGCACUUGAGGCUCAGUUCAGUGCGCGUGCUGGUGAGACUGAGGCUGAAACAGCUGAGAGAAUCCAAAGGGACCCAGAGAUUAUGGCCAUUGUCCAAGAUCCAGUUAUGCAGGCCAUUCUCCAGCAAGCCCGGAAUGACCCAGCUGCCCUUCGGGAGCACAUGAAGAACGCUACUGUGCGUACCAAGAUCCAGAAGCUGAUAGCAGCUGGAGUGAUCAGAACGGGAUAA